UAUUUGUCAGCACGUAGAGUGAACAGAAGAAGUCGACGGUGUCCGUCGCAGCCUAACCUACUCGACAAUAAAGGGACGCCAUUAGACGAAGAGUUGGAACAGUGGAAGUAGAACAAAUUUGAGGUUGUACGACAAGCAUGACGCGCAAAAGAAGUGUCGUUUGGGAUUAUUUUAAUGACGCCUGUCCCGAAUCGGUUGCGUGCCUCCUCUGUAAAAACCUACUGUACAAACACGAACAGGGCAGCACCACGGGAAUGUGGAGACAUCUGCGGGCACAACAUCCAACAGAGGCGGCUAUGGCCGCCAAAAGAGAAAGCCGGGGAACCUCAAAUUCCUCCAACCAUGAACAGGAGCCUCUAGAAAUUGGCGAAGCACAAGUGGAGGUGGAACUGGAGGACGGAAAUGGUGACGUCGCCACCAUGAAUAAUGAUGACAUUGACUCUGCAAUGGAUACCCUCCUUGUAGCUGCUCAAGGAGAAGAGCCUGUCAAAGAAAGGCCUGAAGAGGUAGUAGUGGUUACAGAGGAACGCCGUUCCAGCAGUAAAUAUCACCGUCGCAGCCUGAUCUGGAAACGUUUUGAGCGUUUGGGCAGUUUGAAUGCUGCUCAAUGUUUGAUUUGCAAGAAGAAGAUAAUGUGCUCUGAGGGCAAGACCAGCAACCUGUACCGACACAUGGCAAAGAAUCACCCACAGGUGAAUACACGAUCAGGUGAAGCUGUAAAUGAAGCUGGUGUUCAUUCUGAGUUGAACGGUGUCCUCGAAGCUGUCCAAGGAGAAGCUGCGGAAGCUGUAGUGGCAGAAAAAAAGUGUAAAGAAGAAAAAAUCAUGGUCGAAAAUCCCCUCAGUUUCAGGAGUAAAUGCCACCGCCGUAGCUCGAUCUGGAAACUUUUUGAGCGUUUGGGCAGUUCGGAUGUUGCUCAGUGUUUGAUUUGCAAGAAGAAGAUCAGGUGUCCUGACGGCAAGACCAGCAACAUGCAUCGACACGUGUCAAAGAGCCACCCGCAGGCAUAUCGGCAAGCGGGCAAGGCGCUGAAGCUGACGAAAACAAACUCGCCAUCACACAGUUCCAAUGUUCAGCAGGAGACAUGUCCAGUCGAGGUAAUGAAGGGGAAAAUUCCAGAUAUGGUCCAAGUUUCAAAGGAUACUGCAUCAGAGAGGCGCGUUUUCAGAAGAGAGCGGGAGUUGAUCGAAGCUUUGAGGAGGACGCAGAGGGAGGAGGCGAAGGCUCUGGACCAACAGAGGGAGCUUGUCGAGAGUCUGCGGGCAGUCAAUGCCAGAGAAGCCGCCAUAGAGAAGAAGCAAAUUGAGUCUCUCAGGAGAGCACAGCAGGAAGAAGCCAAAGACUUAAUGAGACAAAGAGAAGAGCUGGAGAGAGAAAGGACUGAGCAGCAGAAGAGGUGGGAGGAGCUUGAGCAGGAAAAGAAACAAUUGCUCUUGCUUUGCCAUGAACCUGCAACGCCAACUUUGGUUUCCCACCAACAAUGAUUUUUUAAAAAAAAAUUAUUUUAGUUUUUUUUUUUUACGUUGCUAUUGUGUACCAAUGCAAUUGCCUCAGAACAUUAGCAUAAACAUCUCACACCAAAAAAAAAGUUGGAGUUUUUGGCUCUCUGGUUACAUUUUUAAAUGCACUAUAAUCUUGACAGGUAAACUUGACCUUCUCAGAAGUGUCAUACUGUUCAGUCUUUUAGCGGUUUUCGCGUUACUUGGUGAUCUCUAACAAGGGGAUGAACCGCCAAAUAAAAUUCCUGGUUGAAUUACGAUUGUUAUUCACAAAGUCAUAUUUCCUUUUCAUCUAAUGCGCUUUGUAAGACAUUUGGGAUCAUUGUUUUUUUCCCCCACUCAAGACAUACACAUAAAUCUGUCAGGUUCUAUCAUUUUUUUCAUUGUUCAGUAGCCAUGACAGACAGCGCCAUUACUGAGUAGGAAAUGAACACACACCGCCUGCUCAGAAGGCAGGGAAAUUAAAGAAAAAAAUGAUUUUGCUUUUAUACAACUCUAGAAAUUCUAAUGAAAAUUAUCGUCAGUUCCUUAUCCAGAUACGUCAAGACAAAUGAAGCUUAUUAAAGUAUCCAACGCAAACUCCAACCAACAAAACGUAUCGACAAUUUGUCUCCAUGAUUAAUGAUUAUCAAUAAUUUGGCGCUUUAACAACGAAACGAAACAUUAAUUAUGUUUUCGUGGUUUUCGUGAAAAUGACGCGCACCGAUAGGCGGCGUCGGCAUGCACCGAGGUUUCAGUGUUGUCAGACCCAUUACAAUUGUAUGUUGGGGGGAAGAGGGAGGGUCCUCUUUUUAUGUUGUAUUUUUGAGUUGCGUUUUUUAUGUAUGAAAAGUGCUAUAUAAAUAAAGAUUGAUUGACAAAGUUCUUAAUGCAUCUGAUGUUUCUUAAUAAAAGUGCGUGAGUGAACAGUG